AUAAAGGCUAUUAAUGUCUUAUCCUGAAUAAGACUUCAUAGAAGUUAAGAGCUGAUGACAUGGUAUCAAUAACAAGUAUUAUGUAGCUACCGUGUGUCACUUUUCGCGUUUUUAUGUUUUUACGAGCGCUCUGGUCCUUCUGUUUUAUUGGCUUCUAUCUGGGCGUAGUGCUCAUUGGAAUCACCUGUGAAUUAAUUAUUCUAACCUGCGACAUUUCCAAACGUCUUGUAAUGUAGACAGGGGAACACGUUAUGAAUGUUGACAUUAUUUCAGCUGGAAACCACUUUGGGGGAAGCAUUUGCCAACACCGAUGUUCAGGCGAUUGUUGGCGCGCUUUGUGACGAAAAGUUAUUUAAGUCCGUGGUCAACAAACUGGACAAAGUUUGUAAUAAGGAGCUGGACAGAAAUGAUUUCAAAAACAUCUCAAUGGUUUUGAGAGCCCUGGAAAGUUUGUGCGAAAGUGAUGAGCAGACCGUCCACUCAUUUGUUCAGCAAGGUCUUGUUGUGAAGAUGUUGGCCUGGUUUGAAAGAGCCUUUGGGUUUAUUAAGAUAGAGGAAAUGAAGUUGGCUAAAGGCCUGCCAAAUCUAAUCGAAGAGUUUUAUGACGCUUCCAUGAGCAUCUGUCGGAUCAGCUUGGAAGGGAAAGGGCAGAUCCAGGACUUGUUUGUGCUGCGGUUUGGAAUGCUAGUGAUUGACAGCAGCAUUUCAUUUAACCUGCGAUUGGAGGCUAUCAGAACAAUUAACUCAAUCCUUGACAGGGCCACCAAAGAGGAGAGAAAGAAGUUCAGUCUGUCUGAAGAUCACUGCUUACUUCUCCAGGAGUUUGCUCAAGUGGUUCUGAAUGUGGGUGACUAUGAAAUGCAGGUGGCUGUCUCAGAAGCCCUGUGCCGCAUGACCGUAAAGAAAUGCAGAGAAGAGCUGGUGUACAAGUGGUUUUCCAACCCCGCAUUUGGUGACUCCUUUAAGGCAAUAAAUGACAGAGAAUUUGAGACUGAUUGUCGAAAGUUCUUGAAUGAAGUGAAUAACUCUUUUGGAGAUGAAAGAAGAGUGUUCACAUUUUCCUGUGUGAAAGCUUUUCUGGACUUGACAGAGUUAUUCAUGCCAGAUGACAAGAAUCUUGACAAGUUCUGGAUCGAUUUCAACCUUGGCACUUCCUGCAUCAGUUUCUUUGUGAAUGACCCUGAGGCUACAUUGUGGGAAUCUAUUAAUCUACCAAAAGCCGGUGUCAGUGGAUAUAAUGUGCUAGAUUGUGAUGACCAGAAAAUAUUGACUGUCCAAAUGGCCAUUCCUAUCUCUCACUGCAAGACAAAAGGGAAAACAAUUCAGAUCAUUUUUGAUGCUCAGUAUGACAUUGUACGUGCUGUCAAGAGGGUGUAUGGAGAACAAAAACAAUGGCAAAGGAUGCAGUCUGAAGAACAGCCUGCAUUGAGCAUCAGCGAAGCACCACCAGAAGAAUUCCAGAAUGUCCAGGAAGCAUUACCAUGUCCUUCGACAUCAGUAACCACAGUACAAGCUGAUAUAGCGUCUGGUGGACAGAAGGAUAAACCUGAGGCUACAUCAUUGCUCGAUACAGCAGACACCUUUCAGAUGGAAGAUCACUCUGACACAGAGGUGGCGAGGGCCAAAGCGAGGCUGUUCAGCCAGUCUGUGUCCGCAAACGGGUCUACAAAAUCUACCUCUGGAGAGAAACAGAAGGAAUCCCAGAAGGCUGAACGCGGUGCUCCGCGGAGGGAAUCGGACAAGUUCGAUUACACCAGAAAGAAGCCUAAAACCAAAUCCAGGCUCAAGAUCCUCCCGCUGUCCUCUGCCAGUAGUGCUGAUGAGCCAGACGUUGUCAAGCACUCAACACCAAUUCCAAAGUCACUGGAAAGGGAAGAGCAAGUUGAAAGCAUUAAGAAAAAGCCUUCCUCAGCAUCCAAAGACCAAAGUUUGGACAUUUCAACUAUACCAACCUUUCCAGGCCUGGACUCAGGCUUUCCAGAAGAGACUGAGCUGGACAAUUCUGGCAUUUCGACAGUUGGCAAAGAUAAAACUAGUGCAAAGGAUCCAAACUCUGCCAAUGUGACAGCAUCUCCCCUUGCAAGAAAAAGGAAAACUGAAUUCACAGUACCAGUCGUUGGCCAGGUACCAAAAAAACAGCAGGCGCUGCUGCAGGAGGGCCAGCCCGACCUUGGACUUAAACCCAGAAGACUCUUCCCUUCCAGCCCACCAAAGACAACCACUGAUAAGGCAACCACAAUGUUGUCUGAAGACACUGAAUCAGAGACAGAGAUGGGUUCUGCUGUGAUCUCUGCUUUUCAGACCUUUAAAAAUCAACUGAGAGAGCACUUCUCGUCCAGAUAUAAGAAAAUAGAAUCUCGAUCUCUGAAGUCCCUGACCGACUGUCAGAAUCAUGUGACUUCAUUACUGGGCACCGUGCACAGACACAGGUUGCUGCACCUGGAGAGGUUCCAGGCCACAGUGGUGAAUGAGCUGAGCAACCUGGAGCAUGACUGCCUCUCCCUGAAGGAUAUUGAGAAGGAAACUGUGAACUUUUGGAGGACGGAAUCUCAGUCUGUGGCAUUGUUCUGUGACAAGCAGCAAAGAAGAUUACAGUCAUUGGAAUUACUGCGAAAGGACUCCGAAAGCAGCACGGCAAGAGAGGAUGUGGCAUCGUCUUCACGGACAAGUCUACAGGAAAUGACCACAGGUGGCAACAGUGACAACAUGGCCUCUGCUAAACCACCAACUAAAACUUAAAACAUAUUCAAUACUGAAAAAUCGUAUUAAAAUUACAUUUGGGACAGUCAUA